AUGCCUCCUUACACGCCCCCGCACGCGCCUCCUGCACGGCCGCGCCCGCGCCCAAUCCUAACGCCAUAUAAAUCCUCCCUACCCACGCCUGACCCCUCCCCCGCCCACUCGCCCUACACCGCGCCCGCCUCCCAGACUUUAUUCACCAUCACACCCACCCGCGAACACAAGCUCACCGCCCUCCCCACGCCCUCCCAUUCGUCCUUCGGCUCCUCGUCGAGCUCUACGGGCAGGAAACAGAAACCGAGCCUCAACGCCCACCGCCGCGCACCCAGCCUCCGCCUCCCGCUCACACCCACCGCCGUGCGCCCAAGCACCGCCAUGUCCUCCUCACCCUCCACCGCCCGCCCCUCGCUCAGCCACUCCCGCCGCCCAUCCGCCGCCACACAGGCCGGCAUGGGCGCAGAAAUCGAGCGCCCCGCGUCCCGCAGCGAGCGCCUCCUCCGCGAGGCCCUCGCCCGCGACGAGGCCCAGCGCUCGCCCCUCCGCCGCGCGGCGACCUCGCAGGUCAUCCACUCGGGCGUGACGUCCAAGUCGCACGCGGCUGAGUUCCUCGCGGACUGCUGUGCGUCGGACGACGACUCGGACGACGAGGCCGGCCCCAGCGAACCUGGUGUCCUGUUCAGGAGGAACAGCCAGACCAGGAAGAUGCUUGAGAAGCCGCGGCUGAGGCGCGCGAGCAGGAGCGCGAACGACGCGGCUAGCGUGCGCAGCGCGAGCGUUGGCCCUGCGGAUCCUAUCGAGCGUACAAGAGCUUGGGUCGAGUCCUCGCCUAUGAACCGACCUGCCCCGCUUGACCUCGGGCCUACCCUUGUGGCGCCCAUCGGUCGUCGUCCGUCAUCGAGACGGUCGACGGUUCCGCAGAGCCCUGGUCCGCAUCAACGCGUCGCCUCCGGUGCUCUCGCGCAUCUGCACGCUAUCAGCUCCCAACACCCGCCCUCAUCGCCUCGGGCAGCAAGCAUGCACAACACACUCCCCGCCUCGCCUCGCAGGCCGAUCGUGCCCUUAUCGUACGACCGACCGCCGGCGCCGUUCCACUCUAGCUCGCUGGACUCGACGUCGAGCAGCGAGAGCUCGACGCCGGCUACGCCGCCGCUGCCCGGGUCGUUUGACAGCCAGCAGAAGAAGACGUUCGAUGUGCACGGCGCGAGCAGGAAGCUGAGGAUGCAGGAUGGGUAUGUCAGUUUUGCGGCGGUUGAGGGUCUCGGUGUACCUGAGGAGGAGGGCGAGGUCGAUGCCGAUGGGAAGAGGUGGUGGAGACUCUGGGCGUAG